AGGACAGAAACAGGAAUACAGCAGAGGAACGCAAACAAACCGCUGCCUGUUACAAUAACAAGCAAACGAAGACUUCAGAUGCAAAAGGUUCAACAGAGCGAGCGACUCAGAAGGUGAUGCAGUAGCCUAGAGGAACAGAGGACUGGAUUCAUUCAUUUUGGGCAGAACCAGUACAUGCCACCUUUCCCCAAGUUUCUGUGGAUGGACACCAGACCCGCCUCCCCACCGUCCUCUGUGAUGGCGGGCCCUCCUGCGCUGUGGCGGCUGGCUGAGAGGAGGAGUAGGAAGGCUGGCUCAGGAAACAUUUUCAGCAACGUGAAUCCGUGGCAGCUCCAGAGACUGUUCAGGGCAGCUGGGGACCAGGAUGCGGAGCAGAGGGCCCAGCUAGUUUGGGGCCACGGUGAUGAAGCUGAACUGGCUCAGGCCCUUAUUGGACUGAGAGCUCGGAGUCACCGCAGAGGGCUGAGGACGAACGGAAGAGAUGUACUGGGCUCACACUGGUUGCGAGCCUUCAAUCACCUCAGGAUCGGGGAGAGCUCGUCAACUAGCCAAAGGAAGGAUCCAGGAGAGGAGACUGAGUCCGAGUCGGGAGUGUUCAACAACCCAGAGCCACACAAACAUAGUUCGGCAACAGGAAGAAGUACAGGAGCCCCAGUUCUGCUCACAGAUGACCAUAGCUCUGCAGAUGUUUCUGAGAGACCAGUGAGGGUCGGCCCAGGUCUGAGGAGAGGAGGCGAAAAUAACCCAGAAAGAUAUCUGCACCGAAUUAUUCACUGACCUGCAGAAAAUAUGAAGCCAAACAGACUCUGUUUUUUUGAGUACUUCCCAGUAUUUGGUAUACUUUGACACUGUCCAUGUCCAUGUUUGUGUGAAUCUUAAUGUUGAAUAUGAAGCUGCAGGAUACAAAUACUGUAUGGAUCUACACAAUGGAUGUUCUUCCCUCCCUCGUCUGGGCUCGGUGCUGUUUGUCCUUUAUCAGUUUGAAAACAGUGACUUGUUUGCUUCCUGUGUUUUCUAUGGUUUAUCCACAUUGCUUGGGUUUCAUGAUUAUAUGAGACGUGUAAGUGAGGAAAAGUAAGACAGACGUGACUUUCUUUGUGUUCCAGGCAGGGUUUGAUCUGACUGGAAGAAGACAUUGAUGUUUAUCAGCUCAACUUGCACUUUCAAGUCACAUGAGAAACUGUGUUGUCGGUUGAAAGAAUCAAAUGGUUUCUUCGUCAUCAUAUCCUCAUGGUACAGAUCAUAUGGGAGAAUACUGGCACUGCAGUGUUUUUGCUGCAGGGACUCCUCUAACUGAGAUAUGCUGCACUACUUUAUAUUUUAGGUGUCUCUCUUAAGAUCUGCCUUAUGAUGUCCUAAAUUGAUCCUACCACCAAACACUAACCAUGUCUAACGAUUAACACUGCCAAGUAUGUGGACAAUAUUGAUAAUGAUGUAUUUUAAACACUAGUCAGAUUACUUGAAACUUGAUGAAGUUUUUUGAUAACACUGUUUGAUGUUUCCUUUUUAGAUGUAUGAAAAUAAAGAACUGAUGUAUGAGGU